GCGCGCCGUUCGCCGCACCUCACUCGAUCCUCUCCACACAUCCACAAUCCACACGAUUCUCUCAUCUCUCACUUGACUCUUAUCCCAUAUCCAUCGAUAUCCGGCCUAUCCACUCUCUCACCGCUCUCUUCAUCACCCUCCUGUCCACAUCACUUCUCCCCACAAAACAGCAAACAGCUGUCGUUGACUCUACUCCUCCACGCCGGCCGUGUCAUUUCAACUUCCACCACCGUCCAACUCCUGAGCCGCCUGCGUACCCAUCGAGUACAAUCUCUGUCCGUACUUCUAUUGCCUCCUGUGCGCACAUAACGCAACCUUGUGCGGCCACCGCGGCUUGGCCUCGCUCUGCCCUCCGAUGAGAGGCACUCUUGCGGGCAACUGUGCGCCUGAUCCUAUUCCUCGCCCAUAGUCCCCUCCUCCCGCAGUCGGAUAUCCCGCCGAUUCUCGCACCAUGUCAUCCUUCCCUAAACCAACAGCAAUGACGGGUCCGGUCGACAUUCCCACUCGACCCGACUUGCAGGGCACCAUCCCCAUUGACACGGCCGCCAGCAAAGCUCAACAACAAGCGGCCAAUGGAGCACCUAAUGACGUUGCCGGGGUCCUUCGGCGCAAUCAGGCUUGCUUGGCCUGCCGGCGUCGAAAGCUGAAAUGCGACGCCGUUCGCCCUCACUGCUCCACAUGCGUGCGCUCCUACCGACACUUACUGCGCACCGCUCCCUCCACCAACCCCGUGCUCUCCUGCGAGUAUGAUGACUCCUUGGACAAGGAGCAUCAUGACGGCGAUACCUCCCCGAAAGAAGACGACGACGGCAAAAAGAAGAAGCGCAAGGCAUCGGGCGGCCGGAAGAAAGGAGACGACGAAGUCGACCCGGAACGUGACCGACUCAUGAAACGUGUUGCCGAGUUGGAACAGCAGCUCGCCCAGAAGUCUGUACCACGCGCUAACGGAAACGCACCGUUUACAUCAACGUCGUCUGCACCAGAUCCAUGGACGGGUGCAGGCUUUGGUGCGCCGCCCGUUGAGUCACCUGGAGCCUUCUUCGACAUGCUGUCUGGCUCAUUACCGAUAUCCGCUCAAAACCCUGGACUGGGUGAGAGCAUGUCUGGCAUGACUGCUACUCCCAACGUCACGGCCUCGGCUACGAGCGUGUGGAUGUCCAUGGGCAUGUCGGCCGACCGCAGCGAGUCCGGCACGGGAUUUACGCCGUUCAUGGCUAUGCCCUCGCCGCCUGCGUUCGGGGACACUGGCCCCUCCAUGCUGUCUCCUGCUGGCGUAUUCAAUUUCUCUCCCGCACCGACCGGACCUACGACGCUCAAUUGGAGUGGCGAUGUCGACAUGGGGCCUCCGUCUCAGGAGCAGACUUGGGAUGUGAACAAUCUGACGAGCGGGCUGUCCGACGCCGCGCAGGCAAGCACUUCUAGCCGACAGAACUCUGCGAGCGUUGAAGUAGUGGACGACAUACGCGACAUCGAGACGCUAAACGGAGUCAACGGUGAUCCUAACCUCGAUCCCCAGAUACUCGUUGAUCUCUUUUGGCCAGGGUGGCCGCGCAACCUUCCGGAACCGUCGGUCACGACAUCCCUCGUCGAAGUCUUCUUCGAGAUAGUUCCUAAUAUUCCGCGCAUACUCCACCGCGCUCGCUUCAUGUCGCGACUGGCUCUGCCACCGACACACUCCAACUUCCCCCACCCUGCCCUGCUUCACGCCAUCUGCUCCCUCACUGCUAGCUGGAUCGAGCCCACGCCCGAUAACCUUGCUUCGUACUUUCCUCCAGCCGAUUAUGAUAAGGGCAAGAUUGAUUUCAUGAUUCAAAGAGCGACCUCGAAAACGGAUGGCAUGCCCUUCAGCUUGCGGCAAGCCGCGUUCGGCAAAGACGCAAUCCAGGACGGGCUAAACACCGGCAACCGACUGUUUGAUGUGGUCAGGGCCAUGAUCAUUCUCAGCCGUGUGUUCAUCGACGACACGCGAAUGCUCGAAUGCUGGACCUACUGUGGCCUAGUGGCCCGCAUGAUCCUGCCUCUCGGCCUCAAUGUGCGAUCGGCAGAGUUGUCGCUAAAGUCGGUAAUGCUGCCGCCACCGGUGGACGCACUAGAACGAGAAGAGCGCCGCAUCGUCGUGUGGAUGGCCAUGUACCACGAUACAGUGGCCUCGGCAGCCUCCGGCUGGGGCUCAUCACUGUCUCUGGACGAGCUUACCAUCCCCCUCCCAGUCUCUGCAAUCGACUUCAACAGCAGUCGUAGUGACAUUCCGCCUAAUCCGCAAGAUCUCGAAUCGUUAGAUCUCUACAUCAAGCAUCCUGUGGUUGAUCCCCUCGUGAUGGCGCUCAAGGGAGCCGUACUGCUCAAUCGCGUAAACAAGUUUGCGCGCAAGUGGAAGAACAGGCGGCUGCGCGACAACGACGACCUCGACGGCAUGCAGCGCCCGGAGUUCCGUGAGCUUGCCAACGCCAUCGCCUGCUUGCAGAUGAGCUUCCCCCCGAAGCUUUCGAAUCCCGCCACGCUGGACGCAAAGAAAAGGCUCGAUGUAGACCUAAUUAGCGCCCACGUUAUCCCCCACGCGGCUAUCAUCUGUCUCUACGAGCCCUUCGCAGACAUUUCUGAUCCCAACGACCAGCCGGCCCGCCGUAUCCUGAACGCGGCCAGGUCCGUCAUUGGCAUUAUUCAAGACCUCUGCACGUCCAUUCCCGAAGGUGCAUCCAACCUGGCGGCGGUGAUGCACUCGUCCUCAUCAUUGGCGCUUGUCACCUCUGCGCGCACAUGUCUGCUGUUUUACCGCCACGCGCUCAACAUUGGGGACACCGCGGCUGCUGAGGCGCACAGAGUCAACAUUGAGAACGCACGUGCAGCGCUCGCCUCGUACGGCCUAAAGUUCAAGAUCGGGUAUCACCACGCGCAGCUGAUCGAGUACUUCCUCGACCGUGCCUCCAAUCCUACAUUUGAGAAACUAGUGGCACACUACCCCGAGCACCCUCGCCCAGGCGCCUUACCCUUGACACCGCAAUCACAUCUUGGCCAGGCCAUUCUCAACGCUCUGAACAUCAAGCGCGGUUAUUGGAAGGCGUCGGCGCAGACCCACGGCAUGGGUGUCGGUGUUGCAACGACAGGGAUCAACGUUGGAGAGGAUUCGCCCAGUGGCUCGACUCCUGGAUCCAGCGGAUCGGCGCCUGGACUUCUGACUAGGGGAUCCAUGGGCUCAACUACCGACUCCGCGUCUGGGCCAGCAUCCGCAAAUAGCGGUGCGUGGCUCAACGGAAAUGUCGACUCGCCGCGCAUUGUCUCCGGGUCGUCGAGCGCAUUCUCAACUAUGAAGUAUGUCGACUUCAGCAACAAUAACGGUGGCGCGCAGCACCCUGCAGACUUUCUCUCUCCAUCUGGAGACCAGCUCUUCAACGACCGAUUCGGAACCAAGGACAUAUCACAGUCGUUCGCGGGGCAGUAAGUUUUCGCGUGGGGCAGUUGACGUGGAUGCACUGCAGGGGCGUGCAGAGUAUUUGUAACUGUAUAGCACCUAGAUCCAUGUAUAACUCAUUCCUCUGGCU